AUGUCCUCCACAACGACACAACAGACCGUAGUGCCAGACACAUCGAGUGUCGAGCGUCAUGGCUACCUGUUCGGUUUCCCGAUCGCACACUCAAUGUCACCAUUGUUCCACAACACAGUAUACGCGGAUCUUGGGUUGAACUGGAACCAAUUCUACCUUGAGUCGACAGACAUGGAUCUGUUCAAGAAACUCAGACAAGAUCCCAAGUUCUACGGCGCAUCAGUAACCAUGCCACACAAGAUGGCAAUUCUCCCACACCUGGACGAGAUCACAGACGAGGGCAGGGAGGUCGGCGCGGUAAAUACACUCUUCCUUAAGGAGGACCCCGCAUCAGGAAAGCGGAUAUUCUGCGGCACCAACACUGACGUAAUCGGCGUGCGCGAUGCUUUUGUCUACAACGUCAAGGACGCCGCAUCGACAUACGAGAACCGACCUGCCAUGGUGGUGGGAGGCGGUGGUGCGGCACGAAGCGCAGUAUACGCGCUAAGAAAGUGGAUGAAGGCCAGCAAGAUCUACCUGGUCAACCGAGACCGCAGCGAAGUCAAGGCCGUGAUUGACGAGUGCAAAGCGAGAGGGUUCGGCGACUCCCUGAUCGAUGUUUCGACCAUCGCGCAAGCUGAAGAGCUCGAGGGCGUGGGUGCAAUCGUUGCAUGCGUACCCGACUUCCCACCCAAGACACCUGAAGAGAAGGAGGCGAGGGCUGUUGUUGAGACCUUCUUGAACAAGCCACACAAAGGAGCGAUCCUGGAGAUGUGCUACCACCCAUCGCCCUGGACCGAGAUUGCGGGUAUUAGCGAGAAAGCUGGCUGGCAGCUUAUCCUAGGCACAGAGGCCAUGAUCUAUCAGGGUCUUGAGCAGGAUAGGUACUGGACGGGAAAGCCGGUGUCUGAGCUGCCGAAGGCAAAGGUCCAGGCAGUCAUCGCGGCUAAGCUGGCUGAGGCGCGACACUAG